AUGCGAUUCUUGCCCCGAACCUUGUCCAUAGAUGACGUCAUGCAGAUGGUUGACACUAAAGAUGGUGACAUUCUUGUGCUUACGGAUCUUGUCCGGGAAGAAUCGGGUAUCAGCCAGAACUCUGGUGCAACCACGUCUUCGAGUGAUGAAAGCAAUAGUCAUGUAGUAAUAUCAAAGUCAUUCGACGCAAAUCUUUUCCAAAGAACUCGGAUAGAACUGCCAGAGGCACUGCAGCCCGGCUUUUCUAGUCUGGCUCGGCUACGGCUUUCCCCAUCACGGCCGUCGGUUGUCGACAUAGAGGCCCUAGAAGAGCUUGAAGAUCGCAUAGCACUCGGGCAAGCUAGCCCCAUUGAUAGUUCCGUGCGAUUUAGAUCCAGGUUGUCGCUAAUACCCGAGCAAGUUCCUUCUACUGUGGAAGAGUGUGAAGAGCCAAGUGAAAGCAGCCAUGCUUUGUCAAUGGAAGAAAAUGCAGACAGUCCACCAACAAGGUCCAUUUCUAGCAACACUCAAACUGAUUCUCAGUGGAAGUUAUAG